CAGAAGGCUCUAUACGGCCGAGAAAACAAGUCUUGGAGACGGUGUAUAAAAGAAAGGGACUAUUCAUGAGGCUAGUCAGUUUCAUUUUUCAGUGCUUCAGAUAUAGAUGUCUCCAGUGUACAGUUCAGUCUGGCGAAUUUCUUUUGUGAUAUUGUAGGGUAGUGGUUCUUAACAGUUUGCAUCUCAUGCUUCACUUGUUACUUUGUAAGAAAGAAUGAAAGAAAUGGUGACAACAUUGCAAGAAUUUUACCAGGGGAAGGUUGUACUUCUCACAGGAGCAACUGGGUUUCUGGGAAAAAUGCUGCUAGUGAAAUUGCUUCUGUCGUGUCCAGAUAUCGAGGGCAUAAUUGUGCUCUUGAGAAAAAACAAAGAAGAAACCGUCACAGGCAGGCUUUCUGCAACUUUAUCCAGCUCAGUGUUCUCGGAAGUGCCUGAAGAGAAGCUGUUGAAAGUGUCCGCUGUGGAAGCAGAUAUCGAGGAGCCAGGGUUAGGACUCUCCAGUGAGGAUCGUGAACUCAUACUGAAAAGUCACGUGUCUAUAGUAUUUCACGUUGCCGCAAGUGUCAAGUUCAAUAAGCCACUCCAUGUUGCUAUAAAGGCAAAUACACUGUCAGUUCUUGGUGUGCUGCAGCUAUGUCAUGAGCUACCAGAAAUCAAGGCUCUGGUGUACGUGUCUACAGCAUAUUCACAAUGUCCUCACAGCGAGAUUGAAGAGAAAAUAUAUCCAAUGGACCUCAAGCUGUCCGCUGAAGGAGAAAUUUUGGAUGGGGAAAACGGGACGAAGUACAGGGAUGUUGAGAAGUGGCCGAAUACGUAUACGUACAGCAAAGCUUUAGCAGAAGACAUGAUUCAGAAGAAUAAGAAGCACUUGCCAGUGGCAAUCUUCAGACCUUCAAUGGUAAUUAAUGCCUGGAAGGAACCACACCCUGGAUGGAUUAACAAUGUUUAUGGCGUAACCAGGAUUCUUGCUGAUCUCUAUCUGGGGCGCACUCAGAUUUGUCUGUACCAUGACAGAAAAGUUUGUGACUUAAUACCUGUGGACAUGUGUGCAAAUGCAAUGAUUGCAAUUGGCUGGGAAACAGCAAUGGCUGUUUACAGGUGUUGCAGGGAACAAACAAAGGUGUACAAUUUUGUGUCAGGCACUCAAAAUCCUAUAACUUGGAAAGAGUAUUGGUUAUAUGUUGGUCAGAAAAUCAAGCAGUGCCCAGCAGCCCAUGCACAAUGGUACUACUGUUUAAUAUGUACGAGAUUCUGGCCUAUUUACUCAAUCCUUUGGUGUUUUCUGCAGUUAGUGCCAGCUUUUCUCUUGCAGAUUUUGUUUUACUGCACAUCACCACCUAAGAGGCACAUCAGGCAUUCAAUUGAACACCUGAAGUAUGUUGUCUUAGUCAAGUAUUUUUCUUUACGAGAGUGGAAAUAUCAUGAUACAAAUGUGAGAUCUCUGCUUGGAAAACUGACACCUGAAGAUCGUGACAUAUUCAAUUUUGACAUAAAGCAAUUAAACUGGAAUGAAUACAUUGAAUCCUGUGUGAAGGGAGUAAGGCAACACAUCCUGAAGGAUGAUAUGAGCACAUUAGCAUUUGCUAGGAAACGUUAUCAGACGUUAUAUGCACUGCACUGUGUACUGGUGACCUGCCUUAUACUCCUCAUCUUCAGAAUGGUAUGGUAUUUUUGCAGCUGAAUAAAAUGAAAAUUGUACUUCACUCAACCUAGUGCUAAACAGAUGAAUUGGGUAAAAUUUACAUAUAUGAUGAUUGUCUUGACAGAACAAUGUAAGUUGCUGAUAGUAUCAGGGGCAUACUGAAAUAAUUUUCAGCACUACCUGAUUACUACUGCGGCAUGUAAUACGUGCAUUCAAAAUGGAAGAGGUCAUUUCAAAACUGAACCUAAUGUAAGUGCUGUUUAGUUUUGUUUCUGUAUACUAUUUUUUUUUGCCAGUUGAGACUGUUAAUUACAUUUCUAUGGUCUCUUUUUGACCUUUCAUAUUUUACGCAUCUGGAAAAGAAAUGUCAGCUUGUAUAUCAUUUUAUUUGAACAUUCAAGUCAGAUCACCUGAUGAUGACUCAAUGAGACAAAACACAUAAAAAUUGACAAUAUGGUGAAUCCAGAUUUCUUAUUGUGGUGACAAAAUAAAAUAAAGGAACAUCCAAUAACAUUCCAGGUUAAAUAUUUUGUUUUAAUUUUAAAGUUGACUCAGCACAACAUUGCACUGGUAGGUUUUCCCCCCAAUGUCUGUUUAAUUUUACAUUAUGUACCAUGUAUUUUGUGGUUAUUAUAUUUGUAAAUGUUCAACAUAACCUACAAGCACACUAAAUCUAAUAUAGGUGAAUUUUAAAUUGGCAGACUUUAAGUAUGAUGUUGCAUUAUCCAUAUGUUAAGCCUAUCUCCAUACAUCACCAGAAUAAAAUAAAAUUUAGCAGAUUUUAUGGA